AAGGGGAAAAUUAUAGUGGUAGUAAAUUAUACUAGGAGUAGUAAAAAAGGAAAAGAGUAGUAGACAAGAAAAGGGGAAAGAAGAUCAUGUGACAAUGAAGGAGACAUGAAAUGGGCAGAAUUAUAAUCACUCCAUCAAUCCCAUAAGAUGAUGAUCAUCCAAAGGAAUUGUGAACUCAACUCCAUACUCUGAACAAAUCAAACCCUGUUUCAAUUGAUUCUUCUCGAUGGAGAAUAUGAAGUCAAAUGAAUCCAACACUCUUUCCUAUUCCCUCGAAAAAUUUCGCCUCUAUGAAACACGUGCUAGGUUUUAUUUAAUAGGGAGUGAUAGGAAUAAGCAGUAUUUCAGGGUGUUAAAGAUUGAUAGAAUGGAGGCUUCUGAUCUUAACAUAAGUGAAGACCCAGUUGUGUAUCCACCACAGGAAGUGAAAAACUUACUUCAAAGGAUUGCUGAAGGAAAUAGAGCUACCGGGGGUUUGAAUUUUGUCGCUAAAGUUUAUGGCAUUGCUGGUUGCAUUAAAUUCUUGGAGUCAUAUUAUCUUGUAUUGGUGACAAAAAGGCGCCAAAUUGGAUGUGUAUGUGGUCAUGCGAUAUAUUGUAUAGACGAGAGCCAAAUUAUUACAAUACCUCAUGUCUCGGCCCAAACUGAUGUUGCUCAUUCGAAAACUGAGUUAAGGUACAAGAAGCUUUUGUCCAGUGUUGACUUGACAAAAGAUUUUUUCUACAGUUACACCUAUCCUAUAAUGCGAAGCUUGCAAAGGAAUGUCUUGUCUACGGGUGAGGAUGGAAUGCCGUAUGACAAUAUUUUUGUCUGGAAUAGUUAUCUAACACAUACAAUUCGAUCAAGAUGCAAGAACACAAUGUGGACAAUUGCUUUAGUUCAUGGGCACUUUAAGCAGACUAGGCUAUCAAUAUUUGGAAAAGACUUUAGUGUUUCUCUGAUUUCUAGACGUUCUCGGCAUUUUGCGGGAACACGUUACUUGAAAAGGGGAGUUAAUGAUCAUGGAAGAGUUGCAAAUGAUGUUGAAACUGAACAAAUUGUACUUGACGAAGAAGCUGGCUCAUGCAAAGGAAAAAUGAGCUCUGUUGUUCAAAUGAGGGGCUCAAUUCCUCUUUUCUGGUCACAAGAAGCCUCAAGAUUCAGCCCAAAACCAGAUAUAAUCUUACAAAGAUAUGAUCCUACUUAUGAAGCAACGAGAAUGCAUUUUGAAGAUCUUGCAAGGAGAUAUGGAAACCCAAUAAUCAUACUUAAUCUGAUCAAGACAGUUGAGAAAAGGCCACGAGAAAUGAUGCUGAGGCGUGAGUUUGCCAAUGCAGUUGGGUACCUCAAUCAGAUACUUUCUGAAGAAAAUCACCUAAAAUUCAUACAUUGGGAUUUUCACAAGUUUGCAAAAAGCAAGUCUGCAAAUGUAUUAGCAGUUCUGGGUGGCGUGGCGAGUGAAGCACUUUAUUUAACUGGGUUUUACUACAGUGGAAAGCCAGUGGUUGUUAAGAGGCGGGCUACACAACUCAGCCGUACAAGCACUGCGAGGGAUUCUUCUCUUAGAGAUUUGAGGGCAAAUUCAGGAGAGCUCUCAAGGAUUGGAAGCAACAAUGAAAUCCUGAACUCGCUAAUCAAACAAGAAAGAGAGGCUGAUAAUAGUCAACAAAUUGGCAAAGAUAAUGAUGAGAAGGCAGCACCGAGUUUUCAAAGUGGAGUGCUCCGGACCAACUGCAUUGAUUGCUUGGACAGAACAAAUGUCGCCCAGUAUGCUUAUGGUCUUGAAGCUUUAGGUCACCAACUCCAUGCUAUGGGCUUGACUGAUAGACCUAAACUGGAUGCUGACAGUAGCAUUGCUGCUGCUCUCAUGGAUAUGUACCAGGGUAUGGGAGAUGCUCUUGCUCAACAAUAUGGUGGCUCUGCUGCUCACAACACUGUGUUUCCAGAGAGGCAGGGCAAGUGGAAAGCUACAACUCAGUCGAGGGAAUUCCUCAAGUCUAUCAAACGAUAUUACAGCAAUGCAUAUACAGAUGGUGAAAAGCAAGAUGCAAUUAACUUAUUCUUGGGAUAUUUCCAACCUCAGGAAGGGAAACCUGCACUUUGGGAGCUGGAUUCUGACUAUUAUCUUCAUGUAUCUGGCAUAGGAGACGAUCUCAUCCCAGAGUAUGGUUUGUCAUUUGGUAGUAGUGCUGUUGGACAAGGAACCAAACUAGCCCCUGUUCCAGCAAUCAAGGAGGAUUUCUUGCGCAUGAAGUUGACAUCGUUUGACAAGUUGCUUGAAAGAACAUGCUGCAAUAUUAAGAAUGUACGGCUCUGUAGUGAAACUGAUCAAAAAUCAGGGAAUUCUGGAGUGGCACCUGAUGCUGCUGAAAUACAGCUUAAGAGCCCGAAUUGGCUUUUUGGACAAAGGAAGUAUGAUGAUAGUAAUUCUGCAUCACAUGCAGUUUCGAAUGGGGCUUCAAACGGUGAGAACGAAGUGGAUGGUCUUGGUGAUCUUAGCUGGAUUUCUGGUGUUCCUGAUUUGAAUCAGGAAGAUAUCUUUGAAAGAUACCUUACAAUGACGGCAGCAAAUGAAGCUAAUGGCUGGUAUGGUGGUUCAUUGCUCGGUGAUCAAGAUGAAAGCAGUGAAAUCUACCGACAUUAUGCAGAACUUAUCCAGGGCCCUGCAAUGGAACCUUUCGAACAUGAUUGUGAGAAUGAAAAGUAUUAUACCGAACUUCUCCUGAAAGGCUCAGUUGACGCAAUGGACGAUGCAGCUAUUGAAGCAGAGAUGGAAUCUGCUUUCAAGGCGUAUGACCAAAUUGGUGCAGAUCUUGGGAUUUUCCCAAAGUCAUGUAAGGCAUUGGCUGCUGAUCCGAGCCAACUAACGAGAUGGCUGGUUGGUGAAGACAAGCUGCCCAACGUAUGAAAAUAGAAAUACACAGAUAUGUUGCCAUUUAUGCAUUUCCCCAUGUUCAUAUAUUUUGUCGUAAUAUUUGAGCAAAUAUUUGAGCAACUGUUUUUGAACAUUUUAAUUUUAACAGAUAGAAGAGGGUGAUUGGUUGUGAGCAGCAGGUUUUACUGCUGAAAAGCAUGCUGCUCCUGUACAGUUGUGUUUUGCAUGAAGAAAUGUGAUAAUCAAUUUAUUCA